AUGAUCGUGUCCGUCUACCUCGAAAAGCAGAAUCCGCUGUAUACGAACCUGGAUGUAGUAAAGGGCAAGGUCAUAUUGAAAGUACCCACUAGUACAAGUGUGAGCCAGGUCGUUGUGAAGCUCGAGAGCGAGUGUAAGACGCGCCUAACGGCACCGAACCUGCCUGGCAGGUCGGAGCGUCAGAGAGUAGUCCUGGAAGUUCACAAAUUACUAUACAAGACUCUGACGGUAUGGCCACCGCAGCACAUGCACGGCCAGGUAACGAAGAAUUCCUUUACGCUCAAUGCUGGCCAAUAUGACUGGCCUUUCGAGUUCAAGAUACCUCUCAAUAACCAAUGUUGGCAGCAAACUGGCUAUCAACCUGCGGUGACCUUCGGUGGACUGCAGAUGGAGAUCGCAAAACCUCCCACACAACACACCAAACAGACGCUACCUCCUACCUUGAAUGGCUUCCCCGGCGAAGCGGAGAUCAGAUAUUUCGUGAAAGUGACUGUCGCGAGACCACAAUUCUACAAAGAAAAUUUGAGAGCAUGGGCCCAUUUCAACUUUCUACCAAUAGAGCCACCACCCGGUUGCAGAGAUGGCGAGGCAUAUGCAAGGAGGCAGCAUCAGUUCCUUCCAGAGACAGGCCCGGAAAGAAAGAAGAGCAUAUUCGGAGCACUGUCUAAGUCGUCUUCAUCGGGGCCCGGAAGUCCUCCUGUCGGCUCUCUUGGUCCGCCGCCACGCUUCGCAGUAGACGUGCGCCUCCCGAAUCCUGCAACACUCACCUGCAAUGAUGAGUUGCCACUCCGUAUAUUGCUGAAGCAGCUCAGCGAACGGACCGCAAAUGUAUAUCUGCAAAUGCUCCAGAUUGAGCUGAUAGGUUACACAAAGGUACGAGCACACGAGUUCUCGCGCACCGAAUCGAAUAGCUGGAUUGUCGUCAGCCUUAGCAAUAUGGCGAUACCGAUCGGGUCACCCAGCGAUGCUGUCGAUACGGAAACUGCCAUCAAUCCAGAGUACUGGAUGGGCAACCCUUUACCAAACACAGUGGCCCCCUCGUUCGAAACUUGUAGUAUCUCGAGGCAUUACGAGCUUGAAGUUCGAGUUGGUCUUGGUUACGGAACUUAUCAGCAUGGUAAAGACCAACUAGUUGUCCUUCCAUUGCGACUGCCCGUGAGAGUCUUAUCUGGUAUUAAGCCACCUGGGGAACUCUUAAAGGCCAUGGAAGCGGAUACAGUGCCCGGAACUGGAUUAAAGCCCCCUCUGGUCGUAACUCCUGGGCCAUCUGCUCCUGGGCCUUCUCAUCUUAAUACACCAGUAAGUCCAUCUGGUCCACCACCACCUCAGGGUCAAGUGUACCAGCAGCCUAGCGCGGAGUACGAGGACGCUCCUCCGAGUUACGAAGACGCGGUUGGUCAAAACCUUCCGCCCAUCGAUGGCCCCAGGAGAGCAUAUGCUCCUCCUCCUUUUCCAGAAGGAGAGCCUCGCUUCGAAGGCGAUAGGAAAAGUUAACAAUGUACUUUCGAUUCGACAUGACCAGAGCCAAUCAAUACACCGCUGCGAUGCUAGCGUAAUUAACACUGUCCUAUGUCAAUAUCGCUUCGAAUACUUCACCAGUCACCAUUGAUGAACUUGUCCCUGUCGUCGUGUCUUCACUCUGAACGUUGCCAGAAGGACAGCAAGGCCUUGUUCUCAAAUCAACUUGAGUGACACAAGUCUGAAAGCGUCGAGAUGUCGUUCCACACACUUCAGACUGGACAAGA